AUGCAUCGUUGGGGUAUGAAACAUGCACAAUCCUAUAUACUUGUUGAAGGAACAGGAGGUGCAACUAAAGCACAAAUGAGUGAUAAUCUUGCAUAUGGAAAAAAUAUAGAAGGACAACAAAGAGAUUAUUUACAAAUUUGUUCAGAUGAAAUGACUAAAGGCGAAUGGAUCGAUAUUGAUUUACAAGGACGAAGUCGUUUUCCGCAUGCAUUUAUUGGACCAAUGGCAGCAGCUAUACGUUGA